GUAUGAGUAAUAACUAAUAUUAGGCCUGCCGCCCCAUUACAUUGUAGCUGGUGUGUACGAUACUCCAGAUAAUUAGAACAGGAAAAUAUGCCAGGGACUGCUUGAUGUUUUCAUAAUAUUAUGGGGAAAAUUGUGCUUGCAGGGAUUUUGGAUUUACCGGACUUGUUUUUCAAGAAGAUUUUGGUCUGGUUUUUACAGCCAGGAUUAAUCCACACAAUGGGUGCAUGGAGUUACAGUUGCCUGUUCGUUCUCUCUGUACUGUGUUUACUUGAUGGCCAAGUGGCCAGCAUAGCACCAGAGGUGUGUGCUUGGAUCGUAACACCAGAAGCUGAUCGGAAGGCGGGUGGAGAGUUGGAGAUGCGGUGCCUGGCUACCGAUCUGGAGUCCAACCACCUCGUGGAGUGGAGCGACAGGCCACCAGACCAAGUCACCUACGACCACCAUCUGCUGACAAGCAGUGACGAGAUCGGUCGGUACCACUUCCACACUGAACAAACCGGUACCACGUUGACCAAGUAUUUCAUCAUCCAUGAUCUACGUGCGGAGGACACGGGCGAGUAUUUCUGCAACAUCUGCGAAGUCACCGACGGACUGAAACUCCUCCUGAGCACGUCCAGCGUGGCGGUCUCGGUGCUGUACUUCCCCAGCGCGCCGUUCCCCGUCUGCUCCCCCGCCGGACCCAUCACGGUCGACCCCGGCACAGAGCUCAAUCUGCGCUGUUCGUCAGACAGCGGUAACUCGGCGGUUACGAUGGAGGUGACGCAGACACCCACACGGUGCGCUCGGUAUUCCUGGACUUCCUGCAGUAUCAACGACACGGUAUCGGCGGCUGCGCUGACUCUGACGGUGGGUCUUGCCGAUGAUGGGACGGCUUUUGAGUGCAAUAUCUCGUCCGUGUAUUUCCCCGGUGGGAGACGCUCGUGUACCAUCGGACCGAUCCGGGUCACGGGCGCACCUGGAGCAGCCACCGAGUACACCCCAGCAGGACUCCCAGAGGUGACCAGCUCAUCUCCUGCAUCUGGAUCUUUCACUGAACCUACAACUCCGGUCAUAGAUCAAUCUAAACCAGACGACGAUGUAGAUGAUAAAGAAGAUGAUGAUGCUGCUGCUACUGCUGCUAAAGAUGAUGACGAUAAUGAAGAUGAUGAAGAUAAUGGGCCUGCACAGGAUGACUCCGAUACUGAAAAGCCUAAGACGUGCCCUCACCCUAAGACACAGCCGUCUCAUGUUCCGUGGAUGGCCGCCUUCCUUGUCACACUCCUUCUCCUCGUAGUCUCCAUUGUCUUAAAUGUCCUCCUUCUCCUUCGCAACUGGAUACCAAAACGGAUGAACAAUAACAAACUGGUGGCCAGGAGACAUCAGCCGCCAGAGCCCGAGCCCGAAAUGGAGCUUCAGGACAUAGAAACAAACGUCCAACAACAGCCAAAACAACCAGAAGAGAAUUCAUAUGAAGAAACGGAAAACUAAAAACUAUGAGUCCACUCAUUUCCACAAAUGUAAUAACAGUUCCGUCACUAACUUGUGGGAUAUACGAAAACUGCAAUUCUAAAGGAAUAUAUGUUUUAUUAGAAAUGUCCGGUCUUUUCAAGACAGUGAAAAAAAUCCCGUUAUUUAAAAAAAUGGG